AUGGGUAAAUCUUACCGUAAACACCAAGGCUCUCCUGCAGGUCCUGAGCAGAAGACACAUAUACGCACUCCCAAACUUGAAGAGCUAUGCUGCGAUAACCAAGUCGUCGAUCUCAGCUCACCAAUACUCCCUCUCCACUAUGUGUUCAUUCGUGAAGGCUUCCUCAAAGACUGCCCGUCCGGCACCCUUACAAAAGAAGAAUUCCAGAAGAUAUACCGGCAGUUUUUCCCCUUCGGUGACCCAUCUUCGUUUGCCAAUUAUGUCUUCCGUGUGUUUGACGCAGAUGGAAGCGGUAUGAUCGAUUUCAAAGAGUUUAUCUGUGCCCUUUCCGUCACGUCAAGGGGCAAGAUGGAGGAUAAACUCGACUGGGCGUUCCAGUUAUACGAUAUCGAUGGAGAUGGCAAGAUCAGCUACGAAGAGAUGCUCGCUAUCGUCGAGGCUAUUUAUAAAAUGGUUGGGUCCAUGGUCAAGCUCCCCGAGGACGAAGACACUCCUGAAAAACGGGUACAGAAAAUAUUCCGGAUGAUGGACAAGGAUGAGAACGGAAGCUUGGAUAUCAGCGAGUUCAAGGAAGGGAGCAAGCGAGACGAGACUAUAGUUAGUGCUCUAUCCUUGUACGAUGGCUUAGUAUAG